UGCAAUUUCUUUCGCCGUUUGUGUCACGGACUGUCCAAGACUCUCGUGUCGCGGUUGCGUGAGGUGAGAACUGUAAAUAUUGGCAAUAAACGCUAUUCGAUUCAGUCUAAGAAGUAUAGACUCUCGUCCGUUCAAGGUUGAUGUAGCAAUAUUCUAUACAAUACUACUAACUACACGCCGGAGUUGAGCACGCCGAGAGCUGUCAAGAGCGUGCAAUUGGUGUCUGCUGACAGUGCUGACUGCUUAGUGCUUGUGUUUGUUUCGCCGUUCGCGCCGUUCGCUGACCGGAGUACGUGUAUGUAUGUUCAUAUGUACACACGUCGCGCGUCGCUCCUUUCCACGAAGCGUGUGCGAUAUAAAAACGAACCAUGCGUGGCCGUAGUGAUGCACCGUCGGAAUAGCAAUCAAUUGCGCAAUGGGCGAUAGGUGUGGCAUGUGAAAAAGGAAAGGAAAGCUGGUCACCGAGUUGUCGCGAGUGAUCAGAGAGAACGAGAGAGAGAGAGAGAGAGAGAGAGAGCGAGCGAGAGAGAGGCAGAGGGAGGAGAGAGAACGAGAGCGGCAUAGUGCAUUCCGGGAGUAUCUAUGAAGAGAUUUUAUGAGACAUGCGACAUUAUUUCAUUUCCUCGGCGCAAAUCAUUCUGAGGAAGAUCUCGCGUUUCAACAUACACAUAUACACACGUAAAUGAUCUCGUAAGCUCUGACAUCUUUUACGCGUACUGCUCGUACAGUUGAGAGUGAUCGAGAGCGGAGAGCGUGCCCUGCGUGCCGUGCCUGCGCCUAUGCGUUUUCAUUCGUCGCGCGCUCAUCUACGUAGUAGGAGUAGUGGAAGGGAGAACAGCGGUGCCGGUAGCGCUGGUUUUGGGGAGGGAUGUGAGAGAAGGCUUCAUUCGAGAGAGUGAGGUUAGCUUGUUUGUGUGCUCGCGCUUUCUCUCCCUCUUUCCCUCACGCGCGCGUCAGAUCUUGGCUCACUCUCAUCCCAGAUCCCUAUCUCGCGCGCGCGCGGGACUGUCGCGCUCCUUUUUUUCUCGUUCUCUCUCUCUCUCUCUCUCUCUCUCUCUCGUGUGCGCGCUUGUCGCUCGUUUGUGCUUCCUCGCUCGCCCGCCCGCCCGCCUGCCCGUGGCUGGCGCGUGCGCGCGCGCAUUAACGGAAUUUGCGAUCGAGCACGCAGGGACCACCGACUAAUGUUUAAAUGGACGCAUCGUCCAUUAUCACCCAAGUGUCGCGGGAUGACGAGUUAGGCGCGUUCAACAGCGAGAAAGCCCAGUUACCUCGAGAAAAUGAAGCAGCCAACAAUACUUUGUCGAAUACCAAGAAGCCAAGGGGACGUGGGCUUUUACGCUCACUGUUCUGUUGCUUUGGAAGAGGCCGUAGUGGUAGUUCAAAGAGCUCCAAGGCGAGUUCUUUACAGGGUGAGGGACGUGGGUCACCACCACCUGGCACCGGAUCCCCGAGAUUUCUCUUACCACCAGUUAGGCACCAAGAUAUGCACAAAAAGUGCAUGGUAAUCGAUUUGGACGAGACCCUGGUGCAUAGUUCUUUCAAACCUAUCAACAAUGCGGACUUUGUUGUUCCUGUAGAAAUUGACGGUACGGUACAUCAAGUGUACGUCUUAAAGAGGCCUUAUGUGGACGAGUUUUUGCAGAGAAUGGGUGAAUUAUAUGAAUGUGUAUUGUUCACUGCAAGCUUAGCUAAGUACGCCGACCCAGUGGCAGAUCUGUUAGAUCGGUGGGGAGUAUUCAGAGCAAGGUUAUUCAGAGAGUCCUGUGUGUUCCAUAGAGGAAAUUAUGUUAAGGAUUUGAACAAGUUAGGACGGGAUUUGCAGCAAAUUAUUAUUGUAGAUAAUAGUCCUGCCAGUUACAUUUUCCAUCCAGAUAAUGCGGUUCCAGUAGCAUCUUGGUUCGAUGACAUGACGGACUCCGAGCUACUGGAUUUAAUCCCCUUCUUCGAAAAGCUCAGCAAUGUAGAAAACAUUUACACAGUGCUGUGUAAUAGCAAUCAUCCUUACAAUCAGAUACCGGCGCACGCGGUGCAGAGCAAUCAGAGCCUGCCGACUUCAAUUUCAAUGGCUGCUUCCUAGCCCCACCUGAAUCCUGGCAAUACAGCCAGUCUUGUUGCUCAAUGCACCUUGCGGAGGAUUCUGAGAGGGCUGCUUCAUGUGACCCACUUGCUAUGUGGCGAAGGACCUCGAAAUGCCCCUCCUCGUUGAUAUUUGGGAAAACCGCUCUGAUCAGCGUAGCCAAAUGUCUUAUAUCUUGAAAAGUGCAUCAUUUAAGUCACAGCUGCUGAUAUCCUUCUUCCUGGUGAGCAAUGUAACGAAGACUGAAUCAGCUUCGAAGCGCGAGUGUUCUUCCAUUUUGCACCAAGCAUACAAAAAAAUGACCAACUAUGUCGAUCCUGUCUGGUAGAUUGAAAAUACUGUCUGUAUUCGACAAAGAACAUAGCGAAGGAUGGAACCAGGAAUCUCCGUCAAGCAGAAAAGUUAAUUGAUUGCUAAAGAAAAGAAAGCGAUGGUUGUGACUGCCUAUGGUGAUUGUAUACUGGAAAAAUGUUAAGUGUUAAAAAAAGAAAGAAAGAACGAAAGUAUAAAGAGAAAAAAGAAGAGAGAUCGCUCCGAGUCGUUUGAUGGGCCAUGCCGUGCAUUGUUACUGUGUAGUUUUUCUAUUCGAGU